GGGCUCCAAGAUACAGAAGAGGGAGAAAAUAAUGCAAAAGGAAACGAAAAGAAGUGGUCUACGUCACAUUGACUUGUGAGCAACCACGGUUCCCGUCGUCGGUUGCACAAUAAAGCUUCUGGAGGAGUACUAGUUGUCCCACACAGUUUGCCAGAGAUAGCGAGAGAGAGAGAGAGAGGAGGGGAGGGACUAGGGCGGCGGCGGCCCGCCAUCACUCUGCCCUGCCCUGCUGAUCCGGAGGACGAAAGCGAGAUACAUUCUUGCAGGAAAGUCACAAACUUCAUCAAUGGCGACUCCCACCACCUACUCGGUCCGCGUCUCCUCGGAGACCCACAAGGUCGAGGAAUGGCUGACGUCUGACGAAGCUCUGGCCUGGCAGCUGCAGGAGGAGGAGAACACGCGCGAUGCCGCUGCCGACACCAGAGAAUCCGCCGGUAACGUGUCCUUGGAGCCAUCGUCACCGGCUGUUCAGUACAGGCCUGCGCAGAAUGCAGCUCAGGUGGCACGGGAAGACAAUGUUGACCCUGAUAAUAUGUCUUACGAGCAACUACAAGCAUUAGGCGAAGCAGUUGGAACUCAGUCCAGAGGAUUAUCUGAUGACCUGAUAGCUUACUUGGAGCCAUUUAGGCACAAGUGCACCUUUUUCUCGAGAAAAAAGAACAGUGAAGAAUGCGUGAUCUGCAAAACGACCUAUAAAAGCCGGCAGAAGAUGAUAAGGCUACCCUGCAGCCAUUGUUAUCAUGCAAACUGCAUUAGUCGGUGGCUUAAGAUCAACAAGGCAUGCCCAGUCUGCAACGAGGAAGUAUUUGGAUGAACUAAGAGGCUCCCUCGGUUCAAAAAAAAAACUAAGAGGCUCCCGGCAAAUACUGCGCUUCAUCGUUGGCAGUUGCACACGUUGGGCCCAUGCAAUGUGAUUAUGUGAGAUGAGACUAGUUGGGAUCCUUUGCUUAUGAAAACUGUUUGUUGGUUUACACUUGCUGCUAACUGUACCUGGUCUUGUUUGGAAGACGCGUCUAUAAAUCUUCUUAGUUCACAAAUUGAUAAAUGUAUGUGUACAGUACUUCGGUUGCCAGUUUUCUGUCUAUGAAACCAAGGAGGAUUCCUUUUCUUUUGAGAAAGUAAAGCAGUAGUAGUUCAUUAUGA